AAAUGCUUCUCUCUCAUUACUAAUAUCAGAGACUGGCAAAAAGAAAAGCCCACAGUUCAUUGCUUUUCUCUCUCCUCUUUCUUUUUGAUUUUUUAUAUUGCUAAUACUAGUUUUUUCAUUGCUCUCAAUGCUCUGGAAUACAGUGAGAGAAGCGAGACUCUUUUCUCUUCUUUUUAGUUGGUCAGUCUAAGUUGGAGAACGCAACCGCUUCACCGCCGGUAACCGCUACACGGUGUUGUUCUGAUUUGCACGGUGACUUGUGUUUUCUGAUGAAUGGGGAAUGAUAGAAUGACUAUAUAGUGGACUCAGUUGAAAAUGCCUAAUAGCAAGGUUUAUCUGACAUACAAGCGAAAGCUGCCAUUAUCUAGAACUGGCAUUGCACAUGAAAAUGGGUGCCAUAAUUCACAUUGUGAAGGACCAUGUGACACUUCUGUGACUGCUUCAGACAAGCAUAAUGCACCAAGUGAUGAGCACAAAUCAGAAAUUCAGGAAAGAAAUUCAUUGAUAUUUCCUGGAUGUGUUGUAUGUGGUGUCAGAGGCAACCUGCUGCAGUGCAAAGACUGCAAUCAACCUUAUCAUCAUGACUGCCUUGAUAGGUUGCUUAAGUCAAAGCAUCUUCUAAACAGGGAAAGGGUGAGCUGUGGUUGUAAAUUACAAGAUUCUUCUAUUCUUCAGCCAAUCCAAAAAUCAAGCAGACUGGAAGCAACAAAACACUUUGGGGGAUCUGAUAAGAAACUAAUGACCGUUAGUUCUUGUAAAUCACCUGUUAUGGGGACUCUUGGUGAGGGAACCUCUGGGAAAGACACAGAGGCACCUCCUUAUCUGGGGAUAUCCUUGAAAAGUAAAUCGCAUCAUGUUCAAGUUUGUUCAUGUUCAGAGAAAUUAAGUUCCCAGUCAACAGGGAUCAACACUGGACAGAGUUCAGAUUUUAUCAGCUCAAAAUCAUCCUUAGAAAGUAGUUGCUUUGCUGUAUGUGAAACUGGUUCAUGUUUUCUGAAAGCAUCCAACACUGAAGGCACUGGUACACUCUCUAAAGACAAGUCCACUGAUAGUCCUGGCUAUUCAGAUGGGCCAAGCAAGUUGAGUGUUCCGUUAAUUACUUUUUCUCGAAGAUGUAAAAGAAAAAAAGAUGAGACCGAGGAUGAUAUAAAAAGUUCAUUUCUUGAGGAGAAAAAUUGUUCAUUUCGCACCAAAUGCAGUAAAAUUACUGAUGAUGCAGCUUCUCUUAAAGUCCCCUUGGGAGAUAAUUCAAUUGAUUUGGAGCUGCCUAGGGUGGAUGCAGAUUCAAGGAAUGUGUUUCAUCAAAAUCAAGAUAAUAUACAAGCUGUUGAUUGUGCAGACAUUCGAGUAGAUUCUGCUCCGGAAACUAAGUUUUGGACUUGUGAGGAAGAAGUAUCUCACGGUUCUAAAAGCACAUCCAAGGAUAGCUCACCUAUCAGCAGCAAAAGGAAGAUUUUCAAAGUUGAUACGGACACCGUAGAAACUAUUCUGGGCAAUUUACAGAUCUCAUUAAAUGAUGCAGCUAAAGAUCCUUGUGAAGCUAUAGUCAUAGAAACAGAGUUGGAAAACACUAAAUGUGAAGAAGGAUCUAAAAUUUUGUCAAGUGAUAUUGUGAAAACAACAAUAGUUCCUGAUGACACAAAAGAAGGAAAGCAACCCUAUUUGGAUCUGUCUCUUACUCCUGAUUCAUGUGGUACAUUGGACCAUGAUAUUGAUCUGGCUUUGGGAUGUCAAAAGGAUCCUGUUCAUGGUGCUUCAGAAUCUCUUCGAGGCUCAACAGACUCCACAAGUAGAAGUCAUACUACUGUUUUAGAUCAAGUGACCCCUCCUGAACUAUUGCAAGGCAAGCAUAAGAGAGUGGGGGAUGUCUCACCAGUUCACUCAACAAGGGCACCUAGUGAUACAUCUACUUCAGUGGAAGAAGCUGGUGUCAACUCAAAAGAUGAUGAUGUAGCUUGUCAUCGGUUUUCCAUGGACAAUGCAUCAAAAAACAAAUGUUUGCAGCUAUUUUCUGAAGAAAAAGGCAACAGUUUCCACCUAGCAACUGCAAAGCCAGAAGUAACUACUUGCAUGGUUUUGGAAGAAAGUAAAUCUCUUAGGUUUCAAAGUGACAAUAAUCAGAUGAGACAGACUUCAUGUGGUUCUCUAUUAGAUUUGGGCUUAUCCCUGCCAACAGAGUCUAAUAUGGGCAACUAUUCUUCAAAAAAGUGCUCCAUCACAUCACGAAUGUGGAACUCUGACAGUAAAAUCAGAGACUUUGUUCAAGAUGCACUUCCUCAAUCUUCAUCUAGCCACGCAGCUUCAUUGCUGAGGCAUAAGCUUAUGCUCGAUAGUAUUGUAAUUCGAGCAAGUGCUUUGAAUGCAAAGGGUGGUUUUCAAGACAAGUGUAAGUCAUAUACUACUUUGUGGUCUGAAGAAGAACUUGAUUCUCUUUGGAUAGGUGUGAGGAGACAUGGAAGAGACAACUGGCAUGCUAUGUUAAGGGAUCCAAGACUCCAUUUUUCUUCUUGGAGAACAGCGAGGGACCUUUGUGAGCAGUGGGAGGAGGAGCAAACUAAACUGCUGAAUGGCAGUCGUGUUUUACAAUUCAAGUCUCCAAUACCGCAUGAUAUUUCUUUGGACAAUAAUGUUCGGUACAUGUGCACAAAGACUGGAAUGUGGAGAGAAAAUGCAACUGAGGAAACUAGACUCUCACUAGGAGAUGUAUAUGAUCACAGAACUAGCAACAGCUCAAAGAGGCAGCGUGUCAACUUUGCUGGUGUUGAAAGUACUAAACAGCUUCAUAGACCUGCUACUUACCCAAGGAGUGCAUCAUAUUCAGAUUUUGAGGGUGAAAUGUAUGGCAAGGAAUCAUAUGAUCAUUUGGGGUGUAUGACUGUGCCAAGGUGUGAUCCGUUACUAAAUAAUAGACCUUUCACUGCUUUGGCGUCCAAAGGUAAUUUGCCUCACUGGCUAAGAGAAGUAGUAAAUACUCCUCUGCCAAGGCCAAUGGAAGCAGCUCUACUCCCUGGUUUUUCAUCUAUUUCUCAUUCACGGGCAAUGCGGGUUAUCAAACCACAUCCAGAUCCUAGCGAGCUACUCUUCAGUGGCAUGAGGAAUAGGACAGAUGGCAAUUUUGGUGGUGCAAGGGCAAAUGAGCUACAGCCAUCAGGUAGUGCUCAUCCGUCCAAUGUCUCCUUGGAAAUGAGAUAUGGAAAGUCUGACAUGUGCAGUUCUUUAGGUCUUGUCAAUAAACUCGACAACUUGAUCAUUGUUGAUAGCGAUGCAUCUUCUGAAGAGACGAUAUCUGAUGAUCAUGGUGCUAGACCCUAGUUUUGAGGUUACAUAGGCAGUGUUGUCCCAAAAGAAUGCAGUUGAUGAGGAGGGAAUUGGAAUUUACUCGAUUUUUCAUAUUUAAUAUGAGAUUAUGAAAAUGGAAGCCUAUGGAUACAGAGUCCCAAGCAUUUGCAGUGACAAUGAGAGUGGUUAAAGAUUUCAAGAAUGGUAGGGUCCUCAAACUGGUGCACCCCUGGAGGCUUCAUAUAGAUUCAUGAGAGUCUGAUAACAGCUGAUGAGGACGUCCGGAUGUGUGUCAGGUUUCCCAGGAUUGUGGUCCGGCCUGAGUCGCUUUUGAAGCCUGGAGUUGUCUUUUGCAUUGUUCCACUCCAUUGCUGCAAAGAAACAGAUACCAGAAUCAGGACCCUCCACUCCUGCAACUAGCUUCGUUGGACUCUUUAGUUGAGGGAAUCCAUCAACUUAGGAAGCAGCAGAAUCAUACUACGUAGCCGACACGAACUAAAGUAGAUUGCAAGAUCGAAGACCGGCCAAAGAUUCCAUAUUCCCCAAGUGUGUUGUUAGAAAUACACAGUACCAUGAUCCAUUCUACAGUGAAGAAUCAUUAAUCAAGUCUCCUCAUGAGCAUGGCUCUUCUAAGAAACCAUUCUCAAUUGAUCCCUGGCAUGGAACUUUGAUUUCAAAGUUCACCAAGAACCCAAGCAGCAACCCAAAGUCAAUUCUUUCAUACGGAGGAAUUACUUAUUGCAAACAACACACAUUUA